AUGGUUGGACCACCGCCGCUUCAGGGGCUCAAGGUCCUUGAAUUUGCUGGAUUAGCGCCCGGACCAUUCGCUGGCUUACUUCUUGCGGAUGCCGGCGCAAACGUCCUCCGCAUUGAUCGCCAUACGCCUAGCGGUUCAGUCCCAGCGCCUGAUCUGCUUACAAGACACAAGUCUUCUAUAGCAGUUGAUUUAAAGUCGCCAGCUGGUGUUGAACUCAUCAAAGAACUAGCCAAAACCGCCGAUAUCACAAUCGACCCCUUCCGCCCAGGCGUAUUAGAAAAGCUUGGCCUUGGCCCGGAUGUCUUGUGUGGCUUAAACCCUCGCCUUAUCUACGGCCGCAUGGCAGGCUUUCGUCGCGAUGGGAAAUACGCCUUGAUGGCCGGUCACGAUAUUAACUAUCUUGCCGUAUCCGGGUUUCUUUCUCUAGUAGGAAGAAGUGGUGAUAAGCCGUAUGCACCUUACAAUUUCGCUGGUGAUUUUGCGGGUGGUGGUGCUACGCUCUUUCAGGGGAUUCUACUCGCUGUCAUAGCUAGAGGGGCAACUGGAAAGGGGCAAGUUGUCGAAGCUAAUAUGGUCGAUGGUACCAACUAUCUCGCAACAUUUCCUCGACAGGUUCUCAAGACGCCGACGGGCGACCAACCACGUGGGAAAAAUCUACUUGACGGUGGAUGUCCGUUUUACGAUACGUAUGAAACAAAAGACGGAAAAUAUAUGGCGGUCGGAGCUUUAGAGCCCCAAUUUUAUGCCGCCUUGAUCAAAGGCCUAGGCUUGAGCAACCAAAACUGGGAGACGCGACGCAAUGAUCGUGAAACAUGGCCAGAAAUGAAACAGUUAUUCGAAAUGAUUUUCAAGUCCAAGACACGCUCAGAAUGGGAGGCCAUAUUCGAUGGCACCGAUGCCUGUUGUACUCCCGUAUUAGAGUAUCCCGAACUAGAAACGGAUGGCGGCCGUGAGGGCGACCAGAGACCAUCGGUGGCGUUGCGCGACACACCAUGCUUGGCGAUUGAUGACAAAGGCACCGACCCUAGUAUUCAUGGUCAAGGUCCGGGAGUUCCCGGACGUGGUUACGUCGGAGAUAUUCUUACUCCGAACCAAGGGGGCGAAGAAGCUCUCCGUGACUGGUUCCGCUGGACAAAAGGAAAGGACUUUGAAGUAAAAGACGGUGCUGUUGUGUUGAAGACCAAAUCGAAGUUGUAA